ACGCUACACCUAGUACCGCACGGUUGCUCUCUUCGCCAUUCUUUUCCGGCUGUCAUUUACACCGAGGAGGAAACAUGGCUCCCCGAUAUGAAAUCUGUGUCGGUCUGAACAAAGGCCACAAGACCACCAAGCUGAAGCAGCUGCAGUACCGUGGCGAUCGUAAAGUCAAGGGAAUCCGCCCGUCUCGCACCAAGGGUAUCCAAACCAAACACACCAAGUUCGUGCGCGAUCUGGUCCGUGAGGUUGUCGGCCAUGCACCGUACGAGAAGCGAGGCAUGGAAUUGCUGAAGGUGUCCAAGGAUAAGCGCGCCCUGAAGUUCCUGAAGCGUCGCCUUGGUACGCACAUUCGUGCCAAGAGGAAGCGUGAGGAACUUUCCAACAUCCUGGCCCAUAUGCGUAAGGCCGCUCACAAGUAAGCCAGUUCUUGUGUGUGUAAGGAACUGUUUUGUUCUGCUCCGUUUGUAAUUAAGGGAUUAGUUACAUCCAAAAAAAAAACCUGUGAAGAAAAGUACCCGUAAAUAUAACACAAAAAUCGCUUACUGAAAUCUA